UUUGAUGUUCCAGCUUGUUAUUUGAUGUUUCUUCACGCAAAACGACUGAAAGUUUUCGACUUGCUGACACGAUUCUAGUUCCUUACGGAGAAAUAAGCAGACCAAUAUCGCUAUAAUAUGUACUCUUCUACCCGGCUUCUUGUUCGACACAAAACUGAUUCACCGAGGAGAUUAAAAUGUUUGUGAUUUCUUCGAUAUUAUUGACGACUGUAAGAACACUUAACCUUUAAACGGAGAACCUAACAUUCGAUGCUUCAAACCUUUCACAUGGAUACAACCACCAAGAAAGGGAAGUAAAUAUUUUUACAGCAUUUUUCCAUAAUGAGAUUUUACGGUGCGAAAGACAAACAAUUAUAUUUUUAGGACUUAUUUAAAGAGAAAAUCAAUAUAUAAAUUACCCUUAGGAAAAAGGAAGAUUUUUAUCUUUUUUGCCCGUUUAGCACGCGCUUUCAUUCAAUCCUUUUCCACAGUUUAAAGGUUACUAAUCAAUAUUCCAAUCGAUCGACCUUGCAAAGAGAGUACCAUGAGGAAAUUCGAUUUAGAACAUAUACGAAAGACUCAAAACUCAGCGGUACCACCUAAACCUGAGACAGGAGAUGGUCAAAAUGUAUCAGAUGACCGGGGACAGUGGGGCCAUAAGGCAGAGUUUAUGCUGUCCUGCAUAGGAUUAUCUGUGGGACUUGGUAACGUUUGGAGAUUCCCCUAUUUGGCGUUCAAACAUGGAGGAGGGCACCAGUCUGUGGCGACGGUUGACACCACACCUGCCUUCGGUCCUCGUCUUCUGCUGAGUGAAUAUGUGAAAAUAUAAAUGAAGAUACAUAUA